UUUACUAGCCAUGCACUUGAUAGGCUACCCACAUGUACGCAUUUCGUACCUAUUUUUACCGUCCAGCCUACGUGAUGCAAACCUCGACUGAAAUAAAUCAUACAAAGCUGUUUCUCGAUGUUUGCUACAAAUAUUUUUCGCUACAGUAAGCAAAUAUGGGCCGCUUAUAAACAUGCUGACGGUAAGAAGAUUGACGGCAGGCGUAUAGUAGUUGAUGUGGAAAGAGGAAGAACAGUGAAGAACUGGAAACCUCCACGUUUAGGUGGAGGGCUAGGUGGCACACGAAAUGGUGCUCCUGAAGCAAACAUAAAGCAUUCUGGCCGCGCCGAAAAUUUUGACAGGGAUCGCGAGCGAGAUGAACGUGAUCGUGGUGGUGAAUAUCGUGACCGUUCAAGGCGUGAUCGUGAACGAGACCGUGGCCGUGAUAGAGAUCGCGAUAGACAUGAUCGUCGCCGAGAAAGGGGGGAGGGUAUUCAUUUUUAACUCAAUAUUUGGGAAGGAAACAAGGCAAUUUUUUAUUUGAAUAGUUAUACUUUGAAUUUGUUACACGUUCAUCGUCAAGACUAUAUUUAAAAGAGAACUGACGCUCUACUGAUAUGAAUGUUACAUCAUUCCAACGGAAGUGUGAAUUGGGUGGUACUAACAUACCACACUAUAACCCAGGAAAUAUUCUCUCAACACUACUCAAUCCUCUCGCUUCUAAUGAAUUUACUCUUACCGAUUCGUUUGUUGCCGUAAACUCUAUCCACAUUAUUCCUAAAAAUUUAUUGAAGGCUAUCAAUUCGUUUCGUUUGACGUCGAAUCUUUAUUUACCAACGUGCCUUUGAACAGAGCAAUAAAAUAAUUUUGGAAAGAAAUUUUUGAGAAAAUCAAAUUUUAACUAAACUUGAGAAAAGAACUCUUAAAAAACUUAUUAUUGACUGUUGCAUUAAAAGCUCUUUUUCUUUCGACAAUGA